AUGAUUUUUCUCAAACGCCACAUCCAUGAAGGCUUGAAGUGUGAAUACCUUACUGUCAAGGAUCCGUUGGCCUUUUGGAGAAAUCUCAAGGAAAGAUAUGACCAUCAAAGGACAGUUAUUCUUCCUAAGGCUCGCCAUGAUUGGAUGCAUUUGCGUCUACAAGAUUUCAAAUCAGUGGCUGACUAUAAUUCUGCUCUGUUCAGAAUUAGCUCCAAGUUAAGACUUUGUAGAGAAAAUAUAACUGAUGCAGACCUAUUGGAGAAAACUUUCACCACAUUUCAUGCCUCCAAUGUGAACCAUCAGUCCCGUCCGACUGGAUCUGCACCAUUCCAUGAAGUGAAUGCUGCAUUGGCACCAUCUCAUGAGGCAUAUGCUACCUCAUCACAUGGCGACCGCCGUCGAGGACAUGGUCGUGGUAGGGGUACCCAUAAUGGUCAAGUUCAAAAUAGUAGUAGCCACCGCUUGGGUCCAAGAAAUACCCAAGCAUCUCAUAACCACCAGAAGUGGAACAAACAAGACAAGGGAAAUGGCUCCUAA